AUGUCCCGCAAGGCCAAUGUGGAAUACACGCUGCGGAGCCUGAGCAACCUGAUGGGGGAGAAGCGGCGCCGGCCGCCUCCUCCGCCGCCUCCUCCUCCGCCGCCGCCGCCUUCCAGGCGCAAAGGCUCGGCCAGCCUGGGCGAGCGGAGCCUGAUCGCCGCCGCCGAGUCUUGCUCCAGCCUGAACAGCCAGUCCUCGGCCGGCGGCGGCGGAGGAGGCGGCUGCGCCGAGCUGGAGCGGGCUGCCCGCCGGCAGUUCCAGCAGGACGAGACGGCGGGCUUCGUCUACGUGGUGUCGGCCUUCUCGGCGCUGGGCGGCUUCCUCUUCGGCUACGACACCGGCGUGGUGUCCGGGGCGCUGCUGCUGCUCAAGAAGGAGCUGCGCCUCGACGCCUUCUGGCAGGAGCUGCUGGUCUCCGGCACGGUGGGCGCCGCCGCCCUCGCGGCCCUGCUGGGCGGCGUGCUCAACGGCUGGGCCGGCCGCCGCGCCUGCAUCCUCCUGGCCAGCUCGCUCUUCGCCGCCGGCGCCGUCCUGCUGGCCGCCGCGCCGGAUAAAGAGACGCUGCUCGGGGGGCGCCUGGUGGUCGGGCUGGGCAUAGGUAUUGCUUCCAUGACAGUUCCUGUCUACAUUGCAGAAGUGGCCCCACCUCAUCUGAGAGGCAGAUUAGUGACUAUAAAUACGCUUUUCAUCACAGGAGGGCAGUUCUUUGCCAGUGUUAUAGAUGGAGCCUUCAGCUACCUUCCCAGGGGUGGAUGGAGAUAUAUGCUGGGUCUUUCGGCGAUUCCAGCUGUCAUACAAUUUGUUGGUUUCCUUUUUCUUCCGGAAAGUCCGCGUUGGCUGAUUCAGAAAGGGCAGAUUCAAAAAGCACGAAGAAUUCUUUCGCGGAUGCGGGGAAAUCAGUCAAUCGACGACGAAUUCGAUAGCAUCAAGAACAACAUUGAGGAGGAAGAAAAGGAAGUGGGCGCAGCUGGACCGGUGAUCUACCGAAUGCUGAGCUAUCCACCCACUCGAAGACAAUUGAUCGUGGGUUGUAGUUUACAGAUGUUCCAACAGCUGGCAGGUAUUAACACAGUCAUGUACUACAGUGCGACCAUUAUGCAGAUGUCUGGGGUCCGAGAUGACCGGCUCGCCAUCUGGCUUGCGGCCGUGACAGCCUUCACGAACUUCAUUUUCACCUUUGUGGGAGUCUGGCUGGUAGAAAAAGUGGGCCGGCGCAAACUUACCCUGGGAAGUUUAGCAGGCACCACUGUGGCCCUGCUUGUGUUAGCUUUGGGUUUUCUGCUGUCAGCUCAAGCUUCACCACAAGUUACUCUUGGCCCUGAGAGCCCACCGGGCCAAAACUCCACUUGCACAAAAUACAGCCAUUGUAACGGGUGCAUGCUGGAUCCAAUGUGUGGGUUUUGCUACAAACUGAACAAGUCGAGCGUUGUCGAGUCUUCUUGCGUGCCGGUUAGUAAGAAAUCAACAAUGGAAGCCGCGUGGGGCAGGUGCUCCAAUGAAACCAAACUCAAAACGGAAGGCAUAUUUUGGGCUUAUAACUUCUGUCCAACACCGUAUUCAUGGACCGCACUGUUGGGACUCAUAUUGUACCUGGUUUUCUUUGCACCAGGAAUGGGACCGAUGCCGUGGACAAUCAAUUCCGAAAUUUACCCCCUUUGGGCGAGAAGUACGGGAAACGCGUGCUCUUCUGGUGUCAACUGGAUUUUCAACGUUCUGGUGUCACUCACCUUCUUGCACACAGCUGAAUAUCUGACCUAUUAUGGAGCUUUCUUUCUUUAUGCUGGAUUUGCGUUCGUGGGCCUCCUUUUUCUCUACGGCUGUCUUCCGGAGACCAAAGGCAAAAAACUAGAGGAAAUCGAAUGCUUGUUUGAGACCUCGCUAUGUACAUGUGGCAUUCCCGAAUCGGAGGACGGGAGAUAUAUUGAGUAUAUCCGGGUGAAGGGAAGCAAUUAUCAUCUCUCUGACAACGACGCCUCUGACGUGGAAUGA